GAGCCGGGGUUGCCUGGGCUCUGGGGCUCCUCCCUUCCUCUCACCCCGAAGGAGAACUAGAUGAAGCCCCUCGGGAGCUCGUGAACCCUGGGGGAGAAUGAGCGGGCAGACGCCCUCCGAAGCCGGGCCUCUGGCGCCACUCAGUACCCACGAGUCCGGUCGCUGAAGAGGCAGCGAGGAUGUGGACCUUUGUCACCCAGCUCCUGGUCACGCUGGUGCUGCUUAGCUUUUUCCUGGUCAGCUGUCAGAAUGUCAUGCACAUCGUCCGGGGCUCCCUGUACUAUGUGCUGAAGCAUUUGCAUCAGGAGCUGGACAAAGAGCUGGGGGAGGACGAGGGUCUGAGUGACGACGAGGAGGCCGUUUCCACCAGGGUGGUGCGGCGUCGGGUCAUCGUGAAGGGGAAUGAGCUUCAGGACAUCCCAGGGGAACACGUGACUGAAGAACAAUUCACUGAUGAGCAAGGCAACAUUGUCACUAAGAAGAUCAUUCGCAAAGUGGUUCGGCAGAUAGACUCAUCAGGGGACAGGGCCAUGCAGGAGCUGGACGAGGCGGAGGUGAGAGGGAGUAAUACCCUGCAGUCGGAGCUGAUCGAGGGGAGGAAGGGGGCUCAGAUAGUGAAGCGAGCGAGCCUGAAAAGGGGGAAACAGUGAUCUCCUGGCCCCUCCCUGUCCAACGGCCUCUUUGGAGGAUCACACCUCAACACCCAACCACUGAACUCCACACAAUUUGCCCUGCACACUGGAGGAGAGCCCCACUCGUGGAGGGCAGCAAAGCCGGCUGUACAUGUUUCUAUAGGCUAACGGCAUGAUUUCUGUAAGAGAUUUCCUUUAACUGUCCUAUUCGCAUGAACGACUGGCUGUAGACGCAUGACCUACAGUCCUCAAUCCUGUCUCUGGCAACGGACCUCUGAUGGAAACCAGGAUGCAAGAGCGCUGAGAGAGAGAGAGAGAGAGAGAGA